AUGUCUGAAGAAUUCACCAAGCCGGGAGCUUACUGGAAUGAAUACAUCCGGGGGACAAUAGUAGAUGUUAUCGCAAACCUGAUCAGAGACCCAUCCCAGCGAGCACCUUUUUGGGCAUCGAUAAAGCAGGAUUCGAGAGAAUGUCAGAGCCUGCCAGAACUUCUCCAGGUAUUCGCCCAAUAUGGAUACCGUUUGGAUGAGCUCAGGAUCAUUCAAGCACUGUUGAUCAACCCUAUUCAGUUUGGAAACAAUGAUCACCUAGUGUUCAUACCGUGGCUGGUCUUCGACAUUCUUCCUAGGCUGCAACAAUCUCAUGCUCGAAUUCAAACGCUCGAGACCACGGUCGACCUGCUCUCGAAAAAGCUGGCUGACUCCAUUGAGGACCUUGCAGGAGUUCUGCCUUGUAAACAUCGCUGUUUGGCGACCGCGCGUGCCCAUCAAGUGCAGUCUAAACGUGCUCUACAACAGCACAAAAGCAUUCAAGAUUACGACACAAAUGCCCCGAAUUCCAGCACCAGAAGUACAAGUACCCCAAAGUGUCUGGGGACCGACGAUACCUACAAGGCACUCACAGAACGGAUUCAAGCUCUGGAGAAAAUGAUCCAAGAGAAACGAGACAACAUAGAGGCCCAUCAGCCCUUAGUGAUGGUAGAAGAGUCUGUAGAGACUGCUCGCAAUCAAACCAUGCGAGACGCAAUCCAAGAAACUUCGUCGGGGUUUGAGGCCUUGUCUGAUGCUUCAGCGUCUUCAACCUGCACUCUCACACCCGCUUCAGUAAGUCAACCAAAGGAGAUCCGCGAGAACCCUACUAAAAGCGAGCAGACUGUGGUGAACGAACCUCUUGGAAAAAGCAGCAAUGAUGACCAUGUCCGCUCUGUUGUAUUGGAACUACAGAUCGCUGUUUAUUACGACCUUGUCCACAUUGUUGGGGAUGGCCUCCGCCAUCCAGCCUUUCAUCAUCCAUUGCUUGUUAGGACGAACUCGAACACUCCGUUCAAAGUCCUUAAGGACAAGCUCCGCGACAGAUACUAUGAGAGAAAUGGCGAGAUGGAUCUGCGUCUAAAGCAAUCACCCCUUAAGUGCUUGUUUGGCAGCGACACGCCUACUUCUCUCGAAUUGACAGAAGGCGUGGAGCUGAUGUAUGCCCGCAUUAACGGUGCAGUCAAGACUAUCGAUUUGACAACCUAA